AUGAAACCAGUAGUAUCCACAUUUCAAGCUUAUUGUUGCUUCAUAUUAUCAGCAUUUGCAAUAGUUAUAUUAUCUGUCAUAGGCUUUCUAUUCAAAUCAAAUAGUGAGUCACUUAUGGGAUCAAUAAAUGAUCCUGAAGAUGGUGAAGCCGUUGCUAGAACUGUCUUUGGUGGUGUAUUUGUAUAUUUGGGAUUCUUUGCAUUUUGUGGAUUACAGAUCUUAUUGAUUAAGAGACAGAGUAGAAUCAAGUUGUGA